AUGGCUACCAAGAAAGCCGUUCCUACAGAGGAGGAGCUCCUCGCUCAACUUGAUGAUUUAGGAACAAAAGCAGCCGCACGGCCCUCGAAAUCCUCGACGCGAGCACCCCGCCAGAGCGGCCAGACGUCUCAAACAUCACAGUCCGAGCAAGACCUGCUAGCAGAGCUGGGGAGCCUCGCACAUCACAGACCCGCUAGCAGACCUGGCACUCCUUUGUUGAAGCCCAAUGCUCCUUCGACUGCCGGCAGUCGAUCUCCCAACCGGGGUGCCACUGGCACCCCUCCAGCUGGUCGCUCAAGCGAGGAGAAAUCGAGCAACGGCCAGCGCAAAUCCGGCGACAGCACACGAUCCUUCCAUCAGAGCUUCACCCCUGCUACAACGACGACCGAAGAAUCGGUCGAGACUGAAUCACAACCCGCUACCCCUGCGCCCGCUCCUGCCAAGGGUUCGGGUUGGUGGGGAGGCUUCUUGUCGACCGCCUCUGCUGCUGUAAGUCAAGCCCAGGCGGCUGUCAAGGAGAUCCAGAAGAAUGAAGAGGCGCAGAGAUGGGCGGAGCAAGUGCGUGGCAAUGUAGGAGCUCUUCGAGACAUUGGCGGUGAUCUAAGAUCUAUGGCUAUGCCAACCUUCCAGAACAUCUUGCAGACAAUUGCGCCCCCAAUCUCCUCUCAUGAAAGACUUCAAAUCCAUAUCACACAUGACCUCACGAAUUACCCAACCCUCGAUCCUCUUAUUUACCAAGUCUUUAGCCGUGUCAUGGCACAAGUCGAAGGCGGGGAUCUGAUGGUUAUACAGAAAGGACAAGAAGCAGGGCCGAAACGAGGUUCGUCCGAACUCUCGAGACCUUUGGGCUCCUGGCAUGACGGCCCAUGGUGGAGAAGUGGUGAGAGACGCAGCAUUAACGCUGUCAAGGGUGUGGUCGAAGGCAGCAAACUGGUCCGAGCAUCUGCCGAAUCAUAUGCCAGCGAAUAUUUUGCGCCCAAGGGAGGUUUGGAGGAAGCUGCAAAACGUGCCACGGAGACGCUUUCCGAAUCCAACCCGACCCGUGACAGUCAGAUCUUCCUAGCCGUUCAAGCAAUCUCUCAACCUGUUCCCAAAGACCUUUUCGCCACGGCCGCUAGCUCUGAAAAACCGGGCCAAGUUCGAGAAGUUGCUGAGGACGAGAAGCAUGAGAUUCUGUUUGCAAUCUAUUUGCAUGACCCGAUCCACGGCAUUGCGUUUCAAGCAGUUUCACAAGCUUUGCCUGAACAAUGGAUCGAGUGGCUUGAUGCACCGAGCGGUGGAGAAGGCACUCUCCCUGAAAGCAUCGAGGAAAUCCUUGAAAGCGGAGGGAUCGACCCCAGAGAAUGGGUGAGUGAGUGGGUGGAGGAAAGCUUGAGUUUGGUGGUUGGUGUCAUUGCCCAGAGAUACGUCGCUAAGAGAAUGGGCGUUGGUGAGGGCGGAGGAAGAAGGGGAAAGCUCAAGGCCGAAUUGAACCAGGAGGCUGUCACCGAAAGCGGCGGCGGCGAAGCUGCGAGAGCUCUAGGCUGA